AUGACACGUACAAAUACUAAUAUUGAACAUUCACCAUCUCAUACAUCAUCUUCAUCAUCAUCAGCUAUAGCACAAUCAUCAUCAACUGAACCAAAAGAUAUUAUAAAUCAAAAUGAAUUAACAAUACAAAAACUUUUACUUGAAUUACAAGAUGAUCUUAAACAAACAAAAGAUUGUUAUAAUGCAAGUCGUGAUUCAUGGCUUUCAAUUGAACAAAAAUCUUCAUUAUCAUCGGAUGAAAAUACAAAUUCACAAUUAUUAAAAAAUAAUUUUACACAAACACUUACCAAUGUUCAAAAUGAAAUUGAUAUUUAUAAAAAAACUUUAUCAAAAAUUUCUCAAAUUCGUCAAUUACAAAUUGAUAUUGCUAAUGUUACUAAAAAUCAUAUUGAUAUUCAUCGUAGUCAUACAACACGAAGAGGUUUAGCUGAUCUUCUUUCACAUAUGGCUUAUGUUUUAAAAAUUUGGUAUGGAAAUGAACAUACAGGAAAUUGUUCAAAUAAAAGUGAUGCUCCACCACCAUUAUGUGGUGCUAUACCAGCUGCAUCUAAUCAUGUAUGUAAUGUUGGUGAUCUUAUAGCAGGUUUUGUUGAAAGUGAUGAUGGUGAUGAAAAUUGGAUAUUAGCUGAAGUUGCUUAUGUACAUCCAAAUAAAACAAAAUAUGAUAUUGUUGAUAUUGAUGCUGAACCAGGUAAAGGACAUUAUUAUAAUAUAAAUAAACGACAUAUUAUACCAUUACCACAAUGGCGUGCUUGUCCAUUAACAUGUCCUCAAGCAUUAUUUUCACGACGUACUAUUGUACUUGCACUUUAUCCUCAAACAUCAUGUUUUUAUAAAGGUAUUGUUGAAAGUAUACCAAGAAUAGGAAAAGAUUCUUAUAGUAUAAUAUUUGAAGAUUCAUCUUAUAAUAGUGGUUAUUCACCAGAAUUUGAUGUACCACAAAUGUUUGUUAUUGCUUAUAAAGAUAUUGUUCCUCAAGUGGCAGCCAUGUCGGAUAGAGCAGAUAAAAUGAAAAUGGUGUCUAAAUUAGGAACAUCACCAGUUGAUAGAUCAGCAUCAAAAAUUCAAGCAGCAUUUCGUAAACAUCAAGCUCGACUUAAACUAAAAAAACAAGCUGCAUGGCAAAUACAUGAAAAACUUGAAUAUUGUAGUGAACAAACUGAAGCUAAACUCAAAGAUAUGUUUGAAAAGUUACUCAAAGCAUCUAAUAUUCUUUCACCGUCUGUCACUAAAUUACUUCAGAAAGCUGGAUUACCUGUCGAAGAAAAAGAACUUUUAAGAUUAACCAACCCAGAGAAUAUUCGAGUUGAAUCAACUUAUCAAGGACCACAUAUAGAAGGGCCUAUUACACGAAAAAUAUUUGUUGAUUUAAUUGAAGCUUUUCAACGUGGUCAAAUUUUACAUGAAAAAUAUGUCUGUGAAAUUCUUCAUCAAGCACGUACUAUUCUUAAAACUUUACCAAAUUUUAAUCAUAUUGAUCUAUCUCAUUUACAACAUGUAUUUGUUGUUGGUGAUCUACAUGGACAAUUAGCUGAUUUAUUACAUAUAUUUAAUUCGAAUGGACUCCCUUCAAUUGACAAUGCAUAUGUAUUUAAUGGAGAUUUUGUUGAUCGAGGUCGAAAUUCAAUUGAAGUUUUACUUUUACUUCUCGUUGCACUUAUACUUUAUCCAAGUUCAGUAUUUCUUAAUCGAGGUAAUCAUGAAGAUAUUAUGGUUACUGUUCGAUAUGGUUUUUAUAAUGAAGUUAAUCAAAAAUAUCGAACACGUAAAGCACCAUUAAUUGAUCUAUUUAAAGAUAUAUUCAGUUGGUUACCACUUUAUUCUUAUGUUGAUGCUGGAAAAUGUAAAAUAAUUAUAAUGCAUGGUGGAAUAUCAGAUAAAAUUAAUUUAAAAAAACUAAAUCAUUUAUCAAGAAAUAGAUAUGUUUCAAUAGAAGUAUCACCACAAUCUAAAACUGGUGGGAAAAGAUUAACCGAAGAAGAAGAUGAUGAAUAUCAUCAAAUGCAAGAUUUAUUUUGGAGUGAUCCAGAUCCUCGUGGUCGUAAAGGUUGUCGAAAAAAUGAAGAUCGAAAAAUGGCUUGUUUUUUUGGUUCGGAUAUAACUCAACAAUUUCUUAAAAAAUACAAUUUAUCUAUGUUAAUACGUUCUCAUCAAGUGAAACAAGAUGGUUAUGAAUAUGUACAUGAUGGUAAAGUUCUAACUGUCUUUAGUGCAUCAAAUUAUUGUGGUGGUUCUAAUUGGGGUGCUGUUGUACGAUGGGAUUUUAAUGAAGAAGAACCAUGGAUUAUUUCUUUUAAAACUGAAGCCGUUGAAAUGGAAAAAUUAAGUUUUAGUAAACAAGUCACAUUAUUCGAAGAUCCAGUUUAUCGUUCAUUAAUUGAAAAAAUUAUGACUAAUAAAACUUCACUACUUAAACGAUUUGAAAAAGGAGACAAAAAUAAAACUGAUCACUUGCCUUUAACUACAUGGGCUGAUAUUAUGUCUGAUGUUCUUCAAGUGGAUUUACCAUGGCUCAUAUUACGAUCAAAAUUAGUUCAAGAAGAUGAAAAAGGAAUUUUAUAUAAAACUAUGUUUACUGAUUAUAUUUUAGAUAAUUCUAAAUAUCAAAUGUCCAAUGCCGGUAUUAUGGAAGAUUUAUAUAUGUGGAAAGAUAUGCUUUUAGCCUUAUUUAAUUUAAUUGAUUAUAAUCAUUCAGGUUUUAUAAGUCGUAAUGAAUUUGCUGAUAUUAUUAAACUUAUUCUCUAUGGUGAAAAUGGUACUGGUGAUGUUAAUGAAGCAUAUGUUGAAGAAUUGACAUCUGCUAUGGAUUUUGAUAAAAAUGGAAAAAUUGAUUUUAAUGAAUUUCUGGAAAGUUUUCGAAUUGUGAACGUGAAAAAAAAUCCAAGUUCAACAAAGAAAAGUUAUACUAAAAAUAAAUCUUCUGGAUUAAAUGGAACAGUUAUUCAAGAAAUACGUGUAUAA